UAAAAGAAAAAAUAUAUUUAACUCUUAUUUUGUAUUCUCACAUAGAAGUAGCGAGAAGAAAACAGGAUUGAAAGUGCUUAGAGUGUUCUGAGAAAUUGCGAUCAUGGCUACUGAAUCUCCAACUUCUGCUCGUAAAGUUGUUGUUCAUCUCAGAGCCACCGGUGAUGCUCCUAUUCUCAAACAAUCCAAAUUCAAGAUAGCAGGAACUGAUAAAUUUGCCAAAGUGAUAGACUUUCUUCGCAGACAACUGCACAGGGACACAUUGUUUGUAUAUGUCAACAGUGCUUUUUCACCAAAUCCUGAUGAACUGGUCAUUGAUUUGUAUAAUAUCACUAUCAGUCUAAACUUUCCAUUUUAAUUGCUGUCAUGAUUCUGAUUACUGUGUAGAAUUUUGGUUUUGAUGGAAAACUAGUUGUAAACUACGCUUGUUCUAUGGCAUGGGGCUAACACUAAAUCAUGGUUGCUGAUUCAUAUACAAGCUGCACAUUUCAAAAUGUGAAUAGAUAUUGUUUUGCUUUACUUGUUGCUGCACCUUUCAGCCGAAACUCAGGGCUUCAAUUGUAUACAAUCAAAUUACAUUCUUGAAGAUUCUGACAAGGUAGAAAUGGAACAAAAACUAACACAUGACCAAUCAUAACUUGUUGAUUUGAAAUGCCUUUAUUUUAGGUGUGUCUUUACAUAUUGGAGUCACAGUUUUAGUUUUUAUUCAUGUCAAUAUAGUUAUGGAUGAUGGUCGUUUUAGAGACUAGUACUGGUAUGCUUGUUGUAGUGAUAAAAGUUCAGAUAUCCAUUCUUUAAUCAAUAAUUUUAUUGCAAAAGUA